CGACAUUGGUGUCACACCUGUGGUCGAAGAAGACAAUAAAAAAAAAUGGCCGCCUCUCUCAAAUAAUUUUGUCCGGAUUUGUUGUAAAAUAGUUUUUUUUUUUUACUUGUUUUUGUGUUUGUACCUUAACUUUGAUGUAGCGCACAUUUAUCCAGGUCGAGGUGAGAACAUAACAAUAGAAUACGUAAUUAACAACAAGCUAGCCACUUUUUACGGACGGUAGCGCGAAGACAAGAAAAGGGUAAUAUUUGUUUUUCUGUCUACUUCACCUGGAGGACCUUUUACUAUCAAAUAAAUGACGAGGGUGUCGUGAGAGGCGGUAUCUACCCGCUCCCUCCGCCAGGUGGUGGUGGAAGGGAGGCUGGGCAAAGCCUCCUCCCCGAGUCCCAGCUCCUCCUGACUGACGCCCGGCGCGUCACGCUGCCCACCAGCCCACCUUUUGGAAGUUCCACAGGAGCACGGCAGGUACGCCGAGGGGUCGGCCGGAAGACGCGGCACCGCUCAGCGUCAAGUUUGCGGUUAUUUUUACGACGACAAAUCGGGGCCAAACAUGACGGAGCAAGGGAAGAAGGUAAUUCUGCUGGUGGUGGAUGUUCUCUGCGUCUUCAUCGCGGCGCUGCCCUCAGCCAUCCUGACGCUGAUGUUCAGCCCCUACCAGAGAGGCAUCUACUGCGACGACAAGAGCAUCAACUACCCCUACAGGAGAGACACCAUCUCUCAUGGAGCCAUGGCCGCCGUCACCAUCACCAGUUCCAUAGUCAUUAUCACAACCGGCGAGGCCUACCUGGUGCAUACCAAGCGUCUGCACUCCAACUCCCAGUUCAACCAGUACCUGUCGGCGCUCUACAAGGUGGUGGGCACCUUCCUGUUCGGGGCUGCCGUCAGCCAGUCGCUCACCGACCUGGCGAAGUUCACCAUCGGACGGCCCAGACCCAACUUCUUGGCUGUGUGCGCCCCCGCCAGCUGCAGCGGGUAUGUGCUGCACAUCAACUGCACCGGCAGCUUGCGCAACGUCACCGAGUCCAGGUUGUCCUUCUACUCGGGCCACUCGUCGUUCGGCAUGUACUGCAUGCUCUUCCUGUCGCUGUACGUUCAGGCCCGCAUGCAAGGCAAGUGGACGCGUCUGGUGCGUCCCACAAUCCAGUUUUUCCUGGUGGCCUUCUCCUUGUACGUGGGUUACACGCGCGUCUCCGACUACAAGCACCACUGGAGCGACGUGCUGGUGGGACUCCUGCAGGGGGCGCUCAUUGCGGUUCUCACUCGUGGCGAGCCGGCGUGCACGCGGACGGACGCGGUCGACGGCGAGCGUCUGGAGCGCAAACCCAGCACGCAGCGCACCAACCACUACAACUAUUCGCCACCUGUAUGACACGCCCGCACGCAGACACCGAUGCCAUUUCAUGUCCGGAAGCACUAACUGGGACUUCAAAUCCCCUCCACAAACAACACACUUGUAUAUCUAGAAAUACAGUAUAAAGUCAAAUGUACAUGUAUCGUCUCAAUAUGUGCAAUGAUGCAAUAUUUUUGUUAUGGUUUGUUUGGAGCGUUGAUGCUGUGACUUGAUGGGGGGGAAAAUGUGUGAAAAAUUCAAACAAACCUUUUUUUAUUUUUGGGAUAAGACUGUUGCUGCUUUACCACUAAAAUUUUUACAUUUUACAAGGAGACCACUCACUGCUUGAGCUAACACAUUUUUAUUACAGUAUUGGUUUUUUGUUUUUUUUAUCCAUGACUACUGUACCUUAUCUAAUAAACUGUGCUGUUAUUUUUAACAAUG